AAUCAACAACGAACAAUGAAAACUUCCAGAGCUGAGAUGCUUCCCAGAGGGAGGAUGUUGUGGAUAAUUCUUCUAAGCACAGUUGCUCUGGGAUGGACUACCCCGAUUCCCUUGAUAGAGGACUCGGAGGAAAUUGAUGAACCCUGUUUCGAUCCAUGCUACUGUGAAGUUAAAGAAAGCCUCUUUCAUAUACAUUGUGACAGUAAGGGAUUUACAAAUAUUAGUCAGAUUACCGAGUUCUGGUCAAGACCUUUUAAACUGUAUCUGCAGAGGAAUUCAAUGAGGAAAUUGUAUACCAACAGUUUUCUACAUUUGAAUAACGCUGUGUCCAUUAACCUUGGGAACAAUGCAUUGCAGGACAUUCAAACGGGAGCUUUCAACGGUCUGAAGAUUUUAAAGAGGCUCUACUUACAUGAGAAUAAGCUCGAUGUCUUCCGGAAUGACACGUUCCUCGGAUUGGAAAGCCUGGAGUAUCUGCAGGCAGAUUACAACGUCAUUAAACGCAUUGAGAGCGGGGCAUUUCGGAACCUAAGUAAACUGAGGGUUCUGAUUUUAAAUGAUAAUCUUAUACCCAUGCUUCCCACCAAUUUGUUUAAGGCUGUCUCUUUAACCCAUUUGGACCUCCGUGGGAACAGGCUGAAGGUCCUCUUUUACCGAGGCAUGCUGGAUCACAUUGGCAGGAGCCUGAUGGAACUGCAGCUGGAAGAAAACCCCUGGAACUGUACGUGUGAGAUUGUGCAGUUGAAGAGCUGGCUGGAACGCAUCCCUUACACGGCACUGGUGGGGGACAUCACCUGCGAGACGCCUUUCCACUUCCAUGGCAAGGACCUCCGAGAAAUCAGGAAAGCAGAACUCUGUCCCUUGCUGUCUGACUCGGAGGUGGAGGCUAGUUUGGGGAUCCCCCAUUUGUCAUCCAGCAAGGAGAACGCCUGGCCAACUAAACCUUCUUCCAUGCUGUCUUCAGUCCAUUUUACCGCCUCCUCUGUUGAAUAUAAAUCUUCAAAUAAACAGCCCAAGCCCACCAAACAGCCCCGAACACCGAGGCCACCUUCCACAUCGCAAGCUUUAUAUCCUGGUCCGAACCAACCUCCCAUCGCGCCUUACCAGACCAGACCACCCAUUCCCAUCAUAUGUCCCACUGGGUGCACGUGUAAUUUGCACAUCAAUGACCUUGGCUUGACAGUCAACUGCAAAGAAAGGGGAUUUAAUAACAUUUCUGAACUUCUUCCAAGGCCAUUGAAUGCCAAGAAAUUGUAUCUGAGUAGCAAUCUGAUUCAGAAAAUAUAUCGGUCUGAUUUUUGGAAUUUUUCUUCUUUGGAUCUCUUGCAUCUCGGGAACAAUCGGAUUUCUUACGUCCAGGAUGGCGCCUUCAUCAACCUCCCCAAUCUAAAGAGUCUCUUUCUCAACGGCAAUGACAUUGAAAAGCUCACCCCAGGCAUGUUCCGGGGCCUACAGAGUUUGCACUACUUGUACUUUGAGUUCAAUGUCAUCCGAGAAAUCCAGCCUGCGGCCUUCAGCCUCAUGCCCAACUUGAAGCUGCUUUUCCUCAACAACAACUUGCUGAGGACCCUGCCCACCGAUGCCUUCGCAGGUACCUCCCUCGCCAGGCUCAAUCUGCGCAAGAACUACUUCCUCUACCUGCCCGUGGCCGGCGUCCUGGAGCACUUGAACGCCAUUGUCCAGAUUGACCUCAAUGAGAAUCCCUGGGACUGCACGUGUGACCUGGUCCCCUUCAAGCAGUGGAUCGAGACCAUCAGUUCGGUGAGCGUGGUGGGCGACGUGCUGUGCGGGAGCCCCGAGAACCUCACCCACCGUGAUGUGCGCACCGUCGAGCUGGAAGUCCUCUGCCCGGAGAUGUUACACGCAGCCCCUGCUGGUGCAUCCCCGGCCCAGCCUGGAGACCCCCACCUUGCUGGGGGGCCCACCAGCUCCUCGCCUUAUGAGUUCUCUCCCCCUGGGGGCCCGGUGCCCCUCUCCGUGUUGAUCCUCAGCCUGCUGGUUCUGUUCUUCUCCGCAGUGUUUGUGGCCGCGGGCCUCUUCGCCUACGUGCUCCGGCGCCGUCGGAAGAAGCUACCUUUCCGGAGCAAGCGGCAGGAGGGGGUGGACCUCACCGGCAUCCAGAUGCAAUGCCACCGGCUUUUUGAGGACGGCGGAGGCGGUGGGGGAGGAGGUGGAAGUGGGGGGAGACCCACUCUCUCCUCUCCCGAGAAGGCCCCUCCCGUGGGUCACGUGUACGAGUACAUCCCCCACCCCGUCACCCAGAUGUGCAACAACCCCAUCUACAAGCCUCGGGAGGAGGAGGAGGAGGGGGUCCCCGUUUCAUCAGUCCAGGAACCCGGGGGUGCAGAACGUGGGGGUCCUGGGACACAACCGCCCGGGAUGGCCGAGGCCCUCCUGGGCAGUGAGCAGUUUGCUGAGACCGCCAAGGAGAACCACACCAACUACCGGACCUUGCUGGAGAAGGAGAAGGAGUGGGCCCUGGCCGUGUCCAGCUCACAGCUCAACACCAUAGUGACGGUCAACCACCAUCAUCCGCACCCACACCCUCACCACCCAGCCGUUGGCGGGCUUUCAGGAGUUGUUGGGGGGACUGGGGGAGACUUGGCUGGGUUCCGCCACCAUGAGAAGAAUGGUGGGGUGGUGCUGUUCCCUCCUGGGGGAGGCUGUGGGGGUGGCAGUCUGCUGUUAGACCGGGAAAGGUCUCAGCCAGCCCCCUGCACCGUAGGAUUUGUGGACUGUCUCUAUGGUACAGUGCCCAAGUUAAAGGAACUGCACGUGCACCCUCCUGGCAUGCAAUACCCAGACUUACAGCAAGACGCCAGGCUCAAAGAAACCCUUCUCUUCUCGGCUGGAAAGGGCUUCACAGACCACCAAACCCAAAAAAGUGAUUACCUCGAGUUAAGGGCCAAACUUCAAACCAAGCCGGAUUACCUCGAAGUCCUGGAGAAGACAACAUACAGGUUCUAA